GCGACCGAGACGAGGCAGGCGACCCAACCAAGUACCAACCCUAGCCUAGCCAACGCGGCGGCAAAGAAAGAACCAUGGGCAAGCUCCUCUGCGACGCCUCCUCCACCGCCGUUGCCCCCGCCGCCGACCCGCUCCCUCCGCCCUCAUCCCCCGCGCCACCAUCUCCAUCCCCCUCGACCCACCUCCUCACCUGGCCUUCCCCAUCCCCAUCCCCAUCCGCAUCCACCUGGUCCGCCGUCUGGUCCCUCGACGACCAGCAGCGCCGCCGCCUGCUCCAAAUCCACGACCGCGGCGUCGCCUGGAAACCCCCCACCUCCCUUUCACCCGAACCCGUCCUCAUCCUCCGCCUCGACCACGGCGGCGAGGUCGACUCCGACGGCAACUGCCUCUUCACGGCCGCGCGGACGGCCGCCAGUGCCAAGGCCACGCCACGCGAGCUACGCCACCGCUCCGUGCGCAGAUUCCAGAGCGUCUACGCGGAGGCCCAGGCCGCAGACAGGGACGCGGUGGACGCGGCCGUGCGGCACCUCUACGCGCCGGAUCUGGGGACCGGGUGGGGCGUCCACGUGGUGCAGGAGGUCAAGCUGCUCGCCAGAAAGGACCAGCGACAGGGGAUGGACGGAGCUAUCAAGGAGCUCGUCGACAUCGGGAUCCAGAGGGAAACGGCUGCCGAGACCAUCUACAAGGAGAGGUGCAUCGCCGUGAAUGAUGGGGACAGCUGGGCCAAGUACAUGUCCAUCUCCGGUUCCGCGGAGGACGAGCAUGACAUCAUCACCCUGCAGUACACGGAGGAGGGCCUGCUGACUGUCGACGAGAACCGGGAUGGCCGCGCGGCUGCGUUUGGUGAUGACAUCGCCAUCGAGUGCCUUGCCACCGACUUCAAGAGAGAAGUUUUUGUGGUGCAAGCACAUGGUGCGGAUGCAAUGGUUGAUGAGGAAAACUGUGUAUUCUUCCUCCCGCACCGUCCUCGAGGAGAAAUCUGCGACACCCCAAUUUUCCUUUUCAUGAAGGGAACAGCGUGGUGUGGCGCUGGUGCGGACCACUACGAGCCCCUGGUCGCCACCGUCCUCGAGGGCAUCACUGCAGACAAGGCGGCCGUCGUGCUUUGAUCCUGUCCCGACAUAUCGCCGUUGUAGUAGUUUUAGUUGUCGGCGAGUGCAGUCGAGCCAAUUUUGUCACAGGAGGGAGGAGCUAGAGUGCCGGAUUGUGGAGCAACGUAUAUGGCCAGGAGAGAGUGAGAUGGUCUGUCUAACUGCGCAUUUGCUGGGUGAAGAACAUCCUGAAGGCUGAAGCUGUGUGUACCUUUUUGUAAUUUGCUGCUGUUGUUGACUUGUUGUAUGUGUUUUUUGGGUAGGUUCUGACUGCUGCUAGAGAUUGAGAGGUAUUGAGAGGGUGGUAGAACACCGAUGAUAGAUUGCUGCUGUUGUAUUGCCAUUGUUGGCUGUCAUUUAUUCCCCUAUUUCCUCCUCGCUUGAGGAGAGCCCUUCAAUUUUUUUUGGGAGCUUGGAGGAGCAUGAUAAUGGUUCAACAGUCUGAAUGGAUCUGGUUCAGUUGAA